CACUUGCUGGUGGAUUCCCGAUUCGUCAAACAUCGUCAUCGCACUUGACGUGAGGAGCGAAAAUUUUUGUCCCUGGAUGAAAAAUCACAUUUUCCCAACGAGAAAACUCGAGAUUCGCGGAAGAAAUCGUCUUUGUGAAACCUGAGAACGCGCAAAUAGUUGGCCAGGAUGAGUGUGGAUACGUACGGACCGAAUUCCCAGAGCUUGACUUUUCUGGACACAGAGGAGGAUCUUAUUGGAGCGGAUACGCAGGGCACGGACUUCGAUUUUCGGGAUUUCACCGUGCCUUCGCAGAGUCAGACGCAGGGAUCUCAAUUGGACAACUUGGUCGGCGGUCAGGUAAAUGGCUUUGGAAAGCGCUUGGAGAUCGGCGGCAAAGUGUCCGCAUUGGUGUCGGGGAUGAACGAUCUGCAGUUCGAGGAGGAAGAUGACGAUGCCUUCCUCUCCAAUCAAGAUCUUCCGCCGCAUGCCUGCAAGUACUGCGGCAUCCACGAGCCUAGCACCGUGGUGAUGUGCAACAUCUGCAAGAAGUGGUUCUGCAACGGACGCGGCAGCACUUCCGGCUCCCACAUCGUGAACCACCUGGUGAGGGCGAAGCACCGCGAGGUGACACUGCACAGCGAUGGUCCUCUGGGUGAGACAGUGCUGGAGUGCUACUCGUGCGGUGUCCGGAAUGUCUUUGUGUUAGGCUUCAUUCCCGCCAAGGCGGAUUCUGUGGUGGUGCUGCUCUGCCGACAGCCAUGCGCCGCCCAGAACAGCCUCAAGGACAUGAAUUGGGAUCAGGAACAGUGGAAGCCGCUGAUUGCGGAUCGAUGCUUCCUCUCCUGGCUCGUGAAGGUGCCCACGGAGCAAGAACAGAUGCGAGCGAGACAAAUUUCAGCAGCACAGAUUAACAAGCUCGAGGAGUUGUGGAAGGACAACGUGGAGGCGACAUUUCAGGAUUUAGAGAAGCCAGGCAUUGAUAAGGAACCGGCGCAGGUUCAGUUGCGCUACGACGAUGGCUAUCAGUACCAGAAUGUCUUUGGGCCACUCGUGAAGCUCGAGGCAGACUAUGAUAAGCGCCUGAAGGAGUCCCAGACGCAGGAGAACAUUGAAGUGCGCUGGGACGUGGGACUGAACAAGAAGACCAUCGCGUACUUCACGCUGGCCAAGAGUGAUGGCGACAUGAAGCUGAUGCACGGUGAUGAGUUGAAGUUGCGCUACGUUGGCGAGCUGCACAAGCCCUGGUUCGGCGUUGGUCAUGUGAUAAAGGUUCCCGACAACUAUGGCGAAGAUGUGGGACUGGAGCUGAAGCACAGCCUUCAGGCGCCCACAGAGUGCACUUCCCACUUCUCCGUGGACUUUAUCUGGAAGGGUACGUCGUUCGAUCGCAUGCAAAUGGCUCUGAGGAAGUUCGCCGUUGAUGAUAACUCCGUGUCGAACUACAUCUACUCCCGCCUGUUGGGUCAUGGACGUCACGAUGGAUCUGACGAGGUGACAUUCCGCUGCACAAAUCUUCCCAAGCACUUCAGUGCUCCCAAUUUGCCGGAUCUGAACAGAUCCCAAGUGUAUGCUGUGAAGCAUGCCGUUCAGCGUCCGCUCAGCCUGAUUCAGGGCCCGCCGGGAACUGGAAAGACCGUGACCAGCGCCACGAUUGUCUACCAGUUGGUGCGUCAAAAUGGAGGACCAGUUCUGGUUUGUGCUCCUUCCAAUACGGCUGUGGAUCAGCUAACGGAGAAGAUCCAUCGGACCAAUUUGAAAGUGGUGCGCGUGUGUGCCAAGAGUCGCGAGGCCAUCGACUCUCCCGUGAGCUUCCUAGCACUACACAAUCAGAUACGCAACAUGGAGAGCAAUCUGGAAUUGCAGAAACUUCAGCUGCUCAAGGAUGAGACGGGUGAAUUGAGCUCUUCUGAUGAAAAACGCUACAGGACGCUGAAGAAGGCUGCGGAGAGAGAACUUCUGGAGGCAGCUGACGUGAUUUGCUGCACUUGCGUGGGUGCUGGAGAUCCUCGCUUGGUGCGCAUUAAGUUCAACUCCAUCUUGAUUGAUGAGAGCAUGCAAUCCACGGAGCCCGAGUGCAUGGUUCCCGUGGUGCUGGGCGCCAAGCAACUCAUCCUGGUGGGCGAUCAUUGUCAGUUGGGCCCCGUGGUGAUGUGCAAGAAGGCCGCCAAGGCGGGUCUGUCGCAGAGUCUCUUCGAGAGGCUGGUGGUGCUGGGAAUUCGCCCAUUUCGUCUGGAAGUGCAGUACAGGAUGCAUCCGGAAUUGUCGCAGUUCCCGUCCAAUUUCUUCUACGAGGGCAGUCUGCAGAAUGGCGUGUGUGCGGAUGAGCGGAAGUACAAGGUGGAGUUCCCAUGGCCACAACCGGACAGGCCGAUGUUCUUCCUUGUGACGCAGGGUGCCGAGGAGUUGGCGGGCUCUGGAACGUCAUAUCUGAAUCGCACAGAGGCGUCCAAUGUGGAGAAGAUCACCACGAGAUUCCUGAAGGCAGGCAUUCGACCGGAUCAGAUUGGCAUCAUCACACCGUACGAGGGCCAAAGGGCUUAUCUGGUGCAGUACAUGCAAUACCAGGGCAGUCUGCACUCGAAGCUAUAUCAGGAGAUCGAGAUUGCGAGUGUUGAUGCGUUCCAGGGUCGUGAGAAGGACUUCAUCAUAAUGUCGUGUGUGAGAUCCAAUGAGCACGAGGGCAUUGGCUUCCUCAAUGAUCCGAGGCGAUUGAAUGUGGCUCUCACGAGGGCCAGAUAUGGUAUCAUCAUCGUGGGCAAUCCUAAGGUGCUCUCGAAGCAGCCACUGUGGAAUCAUCUUCUGAACUUCUACAAGGAGAAGAAGGUUCUGGUCGAGGGAUCGCUUAACAAUCUGAAGGAGUCUUUGAUACAGUUUGCCAAGCCGAAGAAAAUUGUGAACACGCUGAAUCCAGGAUCGCACUUCAUGUCCAAUGUUAUGUACGAUGCCAAGGAUGCCAUGGCAGCGGGAUCGAUUUAUGACAAGUCCAGCAACUUCUCCAUGAAUCAAUUCCAGCCGAAUCAGCAGCCGCCGAUUGGCUAUGGCGCCAUUGGUAGCGGACAUUCACGUGGUGGACAAGUGGACAUGUUCUCGAGGACGCAUGACUCCAUCAGCUACAUUUCACCCGAGAGGGCGGCCAUGAAUAACAUCCCUGUGCCCGUGGGAAUGUUCAUGAACAUGACGAACAUCCCGCCGAGAUUCUAUCAACACCAGCAGGCGAUUCAGGCGGCCAAGCAGGGACGUCGCAAGGGAACACUUCCCAAUGGACCGACCGGAAUGUCUGUAGCGUCAGGAAGUGCCCGCGUGUCGAAGCCACGCAACUCCAGCCAGGGAGGAGCGCCUCUGACACAGGGCAUGUCGCAGGGCAUGAGCCAACCGGGCUUCUGUCUCUCGCAGCCGGGAGAUCUCUCGCAGGACUACAUGGGUGACUACCAAUCGCAAAUGGAUGGAAUUCUGAGCCAGGACUAUCUCCAUAGCCAGGGAGCUGAUCGCAUGAACUUCGGCGGCGUGAACAGUCAGUACACGCAGCCCUACUGAUAAUGAGUUCCUGAGGCCGGGAGCAGAAGAUCAAAAGGAUUUCUACAUGGUCGUGGUUUAAAAGCAUAAACAUGAGGAUACAAGUGAGCCCGAGAAUAGCGAAGAGAAUAUGAAUUAACGCGCGCUGAUGAAUGUUGACUACCAAAAGUACCAUACGAAGAUGACGAUGAGAGACUGCUGAAUCAGGGAACUCAGACAGAGUGGGUGACAACAGGUGUUCGCGGGAACACACGGGAAGCUCGUGAAAUGGAUGAUGAGAUGAUGCCCGAGAUUCAGUGGGACUUGCUGCAGGAGGAGUCCAACACCUUCAACGCGGAAGGAUUUACGAUAUGAUGGUCGUCACACCAUCGCUAAAUGGGCGACAUGACUAUCGUUGUGAGACGUUAGUUUAACUCCCUAUCUCCCCCCAAAUCCUUCUACACACUACACGCGAACUAUUAUUGGAUUUAUUAUUGAGAAAUCACGACUGGCACUUCUAAAUGGCACAUUAAUUUCCCACUCUCCGGGGAGAUGAUGAACCGCAACUUCUCCCACGGUGAAUUCUUCUAUGCUUACCCCCUUUUAAUUUGAUCAUACCCUCACUUUUUGGCCGAUACCCUUGCUGGCAGAUUAUUCGUAGAUCACAUGAAAUUUUUGUUAAUUGAAAUCAAUGAAAUAAAGAUGCUUUUCUUUGAACAUUAAAUAA